UUAAUGAACGGUCCAAUAAUGGCUCAGCAUCAUCCUUAAAUGUUAGACCCUUUGGAAGAUGCAGCUUACUUGGUGCAUAUUGGUGCAACAUCCCACUGUUUGUGUGUUACUCUCAGUUUUGUGACUUGGAAAUACCUGGAACCUCAGAUGGACUCUCCUCGUACAGUACUUAUAACUGGAUGUUCGUCCGGGAUUGGGCUGGCAUUGGCUGCAAAACUUGCCAAUGAUGAACAGCAACGCUUUAAAGUCUUCGCCACAAUGCGUAACCUGGCAAAACGCUCCGCACUGGAGGAAGCAGCGGGUGAUGCCCUCAAUAGAACCCUGGAGAUCAAAGAACUAGACGUCUGUAGUGAACAUUCCAUUCGCAAAUGUGUGGACACCAUCCCCGACAGACGUGUAGACAUUCUCAUUAAUAACGCAGGGGUCGGUCUUAUUGGACCUAUAGAAUGCCAGUCCAUACAGGAUAUGCAAGCGGUUUUCGAAACCAAUUUCUUUGGGGUUGUAAGAAUGAUUAAAGAGGUCCUGCCGGAUAUGAAGAAACGGAAGAGCGGCCACAUUGUGGUCAUUAGCAGCGUAAUGGGACUUCAAGGCAUCAUGUUCAAUGAUGUAUAUGCUGCCUCAAAGUUUGCCAUUGAAGGAUUUUGUGAAAGUUUGGUUUUCCAGACUAUGAAAUUCAACAUUUUUAUUACACUGAUAGAACCAGGUCCCGUUAAGACAGAGUUUGAAUUAAAAACCUAUGAAGAAGCAGAACGGGGCGAUUAUUCCAAGACAGAUGCAGAGACAGCUGAUAUCUUCAUCAACUACUAUUUGAAGAAUUGUAAAGAAAUAUUUUCCAGUUUGGGGCAGACUCCAGAAGAUAUCGCAGAGCAUACUCUACGUGUUGUUACUAUGGAAAUAGCACCAUUCCGUCACCAGACUAACCAAGUCUACACUCCUGUGACUGCACUAAAGUAUGCAGACCCAAGUGGGGAACUGGUGACCAAUGUCUUCUACAAGAUGGUCUUCCAACAUGACACUUUGAUGCAUGCCAGUCUCCGAGCGAUUAAACUACUUCGUUGGAAAGCAAACAAAGUCCAACAGGGAGCAAGAAUUUUAGGAUUCAUGUAAUCUUCUAAUGUCUAAUUUUGCUUUGUGGGUGAUCUGAGGUGUCAUCUGAAUUGGGGAUGUUAGAACUCAUCGACACGGAUCUAGCACAUGAUGAAAAAGUAUUGUAUCAAAUGAUUUCUUGAUGCUUACAUUUUAUUACAUAUAAGUCACUUAUGGGACAUGUGCGAUGUCAAAACUAUUACAAGUGCCUUUAAGAAACUAUAUUUGACCAUUUAAAAUGUCGAAUCUUGAUAACGAUAUGAAAAAAAAUAU